AUGGCUGAACUCGUAUACGUGGUUCCUCCAUACCUUCUCAAUACAUGUUUGGGGCUUGACCUUCAACGGGAGGUGGCUGCGUUAGACGCUCAGUUGGCGGCAAAGAAUGUGUUCUCUCCUCUGAAGCAGAUCCACUUUCGCCAGCCCAAGGAUAUUGAUAGUACCAAGGAUGGUUUUUGUACUGACCCGGCGGUGAACCAUAUGAUUAAGGAGAAACUCAAGGAUAAGUUUGCCGUGUUGGGUAUGUUGGGACUGUCGCCUACAGAGAAUAUCACGGAUGAGUACUUGUAUGAGCUCUAUGAGAUCUUUAAAGAACGGCUCAGUUUGGCCCAGGAACCGGCUUCGAUGGAAACUAGCACGUCGACGAAUUCACAAAACUCGUCGCUGCUGCAUUCGAACGGUACCAAUGGAUCCAAUACCAAGCAGAAGAAGUCUGCGUUUUGGUACCCUAAACUCGGAGAAGUCACUUUCGGACCGCUGUUUUUGAAUAAUGUCAAUUCCUGUUUAUCCAAUUACUCUUUGGAGGCGCUUAUAAACUGGGCGAAGGAGAGCUCCGAACAUAAGUAUUCCUUCUUCCCUUCCUUGGUGGUUGGCGCUCUGGCCUUCCUCUCGCCAUUACCAAUGUACUGGACGCCGCUUUCUGUUGAUAAGCACCUAGAACACUUGGAUAGGAACUUGGGCAUGGAGAUUGACACGUCUAGCGGGUACUCGUUGCUUAAGUUCAAGCUCCAACGUGAGAGACUACCCUUUGACGACCUCUUUCGCAAGAAGCGCUACUUUAACUUCAUUGCCAACAACGAAGUGCAAGAAAAGUGUGGCAUUUUCUACUACGAAGUGCUGGUGGACCAGGUGGCAACGUCUGCUUCUGAUUAUAAGCCGUUGAUCUGCCUUAAUGACUCCUCAUUGGCAGCGGGCUCUUCCUUAUACUUCACUUUGGGAUACACCAAGAGACAAGUUCGCUUCGACAAGAUGCCCACGAACACUACAACUGGAAUUAACAUUCAAAGCUUGGACUUGAAGGCCAUCCAAAGCAACAUCUCCUUCUAUAACCAAAACGUCUACAAUAAGAAGAUCGACGAUGACACGCUCACUUUCUUAGGCGCCGAGCCUGGUGUUUCCUUCGAGGGAAGCUUUGCAGUGAACUUCAACAACUCGUGUUCCUACGCCUCUAUCAAAAGCGGCGACAGCUCUUAUAGAACAUCUUCACUCAACACGAACAGAAGAUUCUCCCAGUUCAACAGACAGACGGCCGUUGAUCAAGACACAAGCAAGAUUGACGUCGAAGUGCCGUUCAAUAUUCAUUCUAACAACCACGAGAGGGUCAAAAAGAGGUACAGAACGGAUACUGUCGGUUGCGGUGUCAACUUCAUUGACAAGACCCUCUUUAUCACCUUGAACGGUAUACUUGUCAAGGAAAUUACCGAGAAGGAAAUGGUGGAUUCUAAUAGACACAAAGAUAGCAUAUUUGAGCAUGAUCUGAAGACGGGAUCAUUGUUUCCUAUGAUUGGUUUCCAGCUUUCGGAGCUUCAGAAGGAGAUUCCUGAAGGAGAGCUUCCGGAGACAGUGGUGAAGACAAACUUUGGUCUCAAGGAAUUUGAAUUUAACAUUAAUCGCUACGUUGACAAAUUCAAAAAGCAACAGGCAGACGAGCUUUCGAAGAAACUCGCCGAUGAGUCUCAGUCUCCUCCCGACUUGACUUCGCCUGACGAUACGUCAUUUGAGAAAGCCGUGACGGAUAUCAAGAGUGACUCUGAAGUGUUGAACAAAUUCAUCAGAGGCUACUUGAUACAACACGGUUAUUUGGAGACUUUGAAGUCCUUCAAUUCGGACGUUGAGGAUCUCAGUUCGCAUAUUCAUGGUGAUGUUGAUAUGGAAGAGGAAGGAUCCAAGCAGCAGGAGUUGUUGGUGAACGAUUCCCAUGCCCCACAAAGACACCAGGUAAGAAACUUGAUCAACGAUCAAAAGUUUCUUGAUGCAGCGUCUUUUCUUCAAACGAAUUACGGCAACAUCGACAAACUUGAUCUGUACGUUUUUGAACUACGUUUCCAGCAUUAUGUCUCACUUGUCAAACGGUACCUCAAUCUGAAGUUUGGUCACGAAUUUGACUUCGACUAUAGUGAAGUGUCUAAGGACGAAUACUUCAAGGCUGUUGUCAAUUAUGGUGAAGAGUUAGCCAGGCUGGCCUCGGGCAAUCCUAUCUCCUACUCCAAGGUUUCCAACUUCUCUGGUGUGAUCUUGGCCAACAGCAAAGAAGAAUUAAGCGAAAUGCCUACCGCUCAGAGGGAACUCGAUGGUCAACAGAAUGAGAUAGAAAAGUUGGCUAGCCGAGUCAAUGGUGCCAUUUUGGAACUGCAGAACUUCGAGAAGGUUUCAAAAACGACAACACUUACAAGUUGGUGA